AUGCCGAAGCAAACCUCUUUGCUCGCCCGCCUCCUGCACUUCCGAGCACCCAGGCGGCGACACCGGAACGACCAGUUUGUCACGCAGGACCAACAGGCUCUCGAGUACCAAGAUUCGCAAGCCGCUGCGCACAUUGCCCAACCAGGCAGCCCACGUGGAGCCAUGGGAGACGUGCUCACCCCAACCCUGGACGAUGCCCAGCCUCUUGCGCAACCUGCGGGAGCUCAAGACGCUGGCCCUGGUCUCAAGCUCCCAAUCCUCCCCAACACUCUCCCUUCUCCCGCCACCGCUCUCCGUCGCGACAGUCUCCAGCCGCCCUCUGACUCCCACAAUUCUGUCCAAACCAUGGCUGCCCCCACCAUUACCGUAGAGCAUACCGCCAAUGCCUCCCCGCUUGACAACCUCAGCGAGGUCCUGGCUACCAAGACCUGCUUCGCCUUCGUUCUAGACACCACUCUCUACGAUCACCGCGCCGCUACCUCCCUGGCUACCCGCGCACUCCUGCAAGCCGUCGCCGACUCCCACAAUGCUCCCUACGACACCCUUCAAGCGACCUACGCCGACCUUUGCUCCUCGCAUCCGCCUAGCGCCCAAGAAAACUGGGCCGUCCACCAGAAGCAGCUCCUCCAGGACCUGCUCGCCUCCAUUCCCCACGCCCUGACACCCGAGCAGGCUUCGGCCCAGAUCGAUGACCUCUUCCGCCUCUGGAAGAAGACAAUGUACGCGCAGCUGCACCCGGCCCCGGGCGUGCUGCCGCUGCUGCGCUCGCUGCUCAAGCGCUCCGCCCGCAUCGUCAUCGCCAUCGACAGCGCCAACUCGGGGUGCACCAAUGACAUGGCCGCCUGGCUCAUCGAGCACCUCUACCUCGACAACUUCGUCGACCGCAUUGCCGUGCUCGAAGAGAGCAACACCGACGACGGGAGCAAUGGCAGCAGCAACAGCGACAAUGGCUUUGGCGACGUGCUCAAGCGCAUCGACGUCCGUCCCGACGAGACGGUCCUGUUCGCCGGCGCGAGACGCGACGGCCGCAGCAUCGCCGCCAGGGAGGGCGUAAGCCUCGUGGUUGUGGACGCCGAAGUGGUGGCGCAGCAUCCCGAAGACGUGCGCGGCAGGAUGAGCGGCAAGAACAACUACGUCAGGCAGGCGGACGACGGCGUGUGGGAAAUUGGCGCACUGAUGGUGGCGAGGAACGCGGUAAGGAUGACGCUGCACGAGAGGGAUAGGAGCGUCGAUUCGGCCAGGAUGUGA